AUGACAAAUUACUGUACUUGUCACUUUGUUGUGUACUUGGUGAGCUCAUAUUUCCUUUGCUCGUCUGUCCCACAAGUCUGGGCAUCAGGUUUCUCUAUUGCAUUUUUGAAAAAGCAAAGCAUUGCAACAAAAGGACUGGCUGGUGCUGAUUCUGGUGUGGAGGCAAGAGGCAGUAGUAAAAGUGAGGAACACAAACCUACUGUAACUGAAAAAGCUUUGCUAGUUGUUUUGGAGAAGUUCUUCGAGCGUAACGAGGACCCAGAGAAAAAGCUUCCAAAUCAUAUCAAAAUGUUUGACUUCACCCAUAAAAGGCCUGGAUGUUCCAUGGAUGACGAGUCUGCGGAAAAGUUGGAAAAAAUGCAGCGUGAACUAAGUUUGGAACCUGAAGAAAUGCAACAGGACAACGAUGUUAUUGAUGAAACCUUCACCAAAGUAAUGGGACGUGAUAGACGUGGAUAUGUGCGCAUGUUUGGGCCUGGAGUAACCCCAAAACAAGUGUUUGACUUAGAAGGACUACGUGCUCAGAGGCAAGGACAACAUAUCUCAGAAUUAAAGUUAGAGAAUAGCCAAUUGAAAGAGCAGAUUUCUCAACAAGGUGUGGAGAUGAAUGAAAUGAAGUCUCAAAUAGCUAUGCUUACACAAUUCAUGACAUCAUUCCAAUCUUCUCAAGGAUAG